AUUGCGACCAAGAACAUGCCGGAAACUGGCUCAAUCUGCCAGGUGCUGGUUCAGCUGCCUCACGUGUUCCAGAUGUUCCCCUCCGACAGCUUCAUGGACCAUGAUGCACGGUUUCAGUUCUUUUUAGAUAAAGUGCUGCCUCAGUACAGGGACUCUGUUAUGUCCCACACGCUGAUCUACGUCCCGUCUUACUUUGACUACGUCCGGUUGCGCAACCACAUGAAGAAAGAGGAGAUCAACUUCGCCAGCAUCUGCGAGUACUCAAGCAAGUCGGAGGUGUCACGAGCCCGACACUUCUUCCAGAAAGGAGAUCAUCAGUUCCUGCUCUUCACAGAACGCUUCCACUUCUACAAGAGGUAUACCAUCAAAGGGAUCCAGAACCUGAUAUUUUAUGGCUUGCCCUCCUACCCGCACUUCUACAGCGAGGUGUGUAACAUGCUGGCAGCGGGGGGUCGGGGGGAGGAGGCCAGCUGGACUUGCACCGCCCUCUACUCCCGCUACGAUGCCCACAAGUUAGCUGCCAUCUCUGGAGUGCAGCGAGCCGGACAGAUGCUGCACUCCAACAAGACUGUUCACCUCUUUGUUACAGGAGGGGAGGAUAAAGCUUCCUGAUGGAGAGGGACACAUUAAAGAGAGACACUUCAUAAAACCAAGGGAGAUAUCUACUGUCCACCGUUACAGCAGGAGGAUCUGUUGUUGAAUGAAAGUCGCCUUGUGAUACAUGACUAGAUUAAAACAUAAUUAUGGGUUUGGUUAGUGUGUCGUAGAUGGAAGCCAUCCAGAGAUAUUGAUCAGAAAAUGAAGAGAUCAUAGCAAAUAGUCAAACUGUGUUCUAAAGCUCCUAGGUGAUCAGGCUGUUGAAAUGUUGAAUGAAUGUAUUUCCAGUUUAUAUACAUACAUUUUUCUUCCCUUUUUAAUUGUUAAAAGUUCAUAUUUGUAGCAAUACCUGUCCUUAUUCACUAUGGUUGUAACAAUGAUGGCAAACCCAAUAUAAAAGCCUUUCAAAUUAAA